AUGUCGCUCACUCCAAGUGUACGGCAAAGCCCUCUGCGCCUGGCGCAACGGCUCCCCGGACUCUCCAACACGGCGUUCCGAUCAGCUGGGCCUGUCCGAAGCUUCCACAGGCCCGCAAAGCCCACGGCCAACUUCUUCACCCCGCGCGUCUCAUGCAUUGCCACCCGAAACGCCUUUGCCCGUGGCAGUAGCCGCUCAUACUACCAGGAGGCUGCGCAGCAGGCAGCCAGCGGCACUGGUAUGCGCAAGCUGCUGGUGGGGGGUGCCAUUUUCGGCGGCACCCUUGUGGCCAUCAAUGCCAUUUUCAACCGCGAGACGAGAGACGAUGGCGGCAUGCCACUAUAUGAGCGCGAGUACUUGAACAACACCUUUCUGCACACCGGCCUGGGCGUCGGCAUCAUUGGUUUGACGGCGCGGCAGAUGGUGCAAAGCGGAUUUGUCUACCGGUUGAUGGUGACGAACCCUUGGGUCGUGGGACUGGGUGGUUUGGCGCUGAGCUUUGCCACCAUGAUUGGAACUCGUUCGAUCAGCCCUGACAACUACGUGCCCAAGUACGCGCUGUGGACAGCAUUCAACGCCACACAAGCUGCCUUCAUCGCCCCUCUCCUGGCUUUUGUCCCGGGCCCGCUCCUCGCUCGCGCCGGUCUCUACACGGUCGCCAUGAUGGGCGCUCUGUCUGUCGUGGGUGCGACUGCCAAGCAGGAAAAGUACCUGUACAUCGGUGGUCCUCUCCUGGCUGGUGCCGCCAUCGUUGCCGUCUCUGGCUUCGCUCCGCUGCUUGUCCCCGCCACGGCCGUCCGCACGCUCGCGUUCACGGAGAGCAUCUGGCUGUAUGGCGGACUGGCCGUGUUUGGCGGCUUUACGCUGUACGACGUGCAAAAGGUGCUGUAUCACGCGCGCAUGGCGCAGGCCGGAGUGAUACAGCGCGACCCCGUCAACGAGAGCAUCUCACUGGAGCUGGACUUUUUGAACAUUUUCGUCCGCAUGGUUCAAAUCUUGAUGAUGAACCAGAACCGCCGAAAGUAA